UCCGCCGGCCAGCGGGGAUGUAGCCGCCCCGGCCCCGGCCCCGGCCCGGUUGGCGGGUCCCGCUCGUUGGAGCGGAUGGUAACCGCCGCCCCGCCCCGAAAACAGCGCCACCUCCGCCCCACCCAGAUUGUAACCUCCCUCUCUAGACGAAUUCCUGUCAACAUUUGCGGGUCCAAGGAAAAAUGCCAGGUGUAAUACCAGGUGUAAUAUCGACCGAUAAUAAUGGACUUUCAAGAGGCAGUCCGUCAAAGAAAAAUAGGCUUUCUCUGAAGUUUUUUCAAAAAAAGGAAACCAAAAGAGCACUGGACUUCACAGAAUCUCAAGAGAAUGAACAAAAAGGCUCAGAACACAGAGGAUCUGAAAUCGAUCAGGUUGUUCCGGCGGCCCAGCCUUCACCGGUCACCUGUGACAAGAGAGAGAACCUGCUCCCUUUUGUGGGUUUGAACAAUCUGGGCAAUACCUGUUAUCUCAACAGCAUCCUGCAGGUGCUCUAUUUUUGUCCUGGAUUCAAACCUGGCGUGAAGCACUUAUUCAAUAUCAUUUCAAAAAAGAAAGAAGCGCUCAAGGAUGAAGCCAAUCAAAAAGUCGACAAGGGAAGCUGCAAAGAAGACUCCCUGGCAAGUUACGAACUCAUCUGCAGCCUUCAGUCCUUGAUUAUUUCAGUGGAACAGCUCCAGGCCAGCUUUCUCUUAAAUCCCGAGAAAUACCCGGACGAGCUGGCCACCCAGCCCCGGCGCCUGCUCAAUACACUCAGGGAGCUCAACCCCAUGUACGAAGGCUACCUCCAGCACGACGCUCAGGAAGUCCUACAGUGCAUCCUGGGGAACAUCCAGGAAACCUGCCAGAUCCUAAAGAAGGAAGAGCUGAAAGGGCUGCCCGUGGCCCUCCACGCCCCGCCGCCGGCCGAGGGGGAGGCCGGCGCUCCGCGCUCCCCCUCGGACGAAGGCCCAGGCGGGCUCCAGAGAGGGAAGAGAAAGAGCGACGGCGGCGAGGCCGGGAACGCCAGGAAGAAAGCCAAAGUCUGCAAAGAGCAGGCGGCGGCGGCGGCGGAGGGGAGCCAGAGGCAGACGCGGUCCAAGAGGAAAGCGACGGGCGAGAGGCCGGCCGGCCCGCCCCACGCCCCCGGCCCGGGACCCCCCGCUGCCCGGGCCGAAAGCGCAAAGCCCACCCAGAAGAAGUCGCGGCUGAAGAUCAACUGGCUGAAGCCCGCCGCCAAGCACCCCAGCAUCCUGUCCAAGUUCUGCAACCUGGGCAAGCUCGCCGCCGAGCCGGGGGCCGAGGGCCGGCCGAAGGCGGGGCCCCCCCCCGCCGCCGCCAACGGGGACCCCGAAGACGACUCGGCCGUGUGCGCCGACGACGCGGAGCCCCCCUCCCCGGGAGGGAGCGAGGAGGAGAAAGAAACCAAGCCGCCCGCCGGCCCAGGGCUGGAGCAGGUGGGGUUCGAACUGGUGGAGAAACUGUUCCAAGGCCAGCUGGUGCUGAGGACCCGCUGCUUGGAGUGCGAGUGCCUGACGGAGCGCCGGGAAGACUUCCAGGACAUCAGCGUGCCCGUUCAAGAGGAGGAGGAGCAGCUCGGCAAGGCCCAGGAGAGCUCGGAAAUUUCCCCAGAGCCCAAAACCGAAACGAAGACCUUGAAGUGGGCCAUCUCGCAGUUCGCCUCGGUGGAGAGGAUCGUGGGGGAGGACAAGUACUUCUGUGAGAACUGCCAUCAUUACACCGAAGCCGAACGGAGCCUCCUGUUCGACAAGAUGCCCGAAGUCAUAACGAUCCACUUGAAAUGUUUCGCUGCCAGCGGCUUGGAGUUCGACUGCUACGGGGGCGGGCUGUCCAAGAUCAACACCCCGCUGCUGACGCCCCUGCGGCUGUCCCUGGGGGAGUGGAGCACCAGGCCGACCAACGACAGCUACGGACUGUUCGCGGUGGUGAUGCACAGCGGCAUCACCAUCAGCAGCGGCCACUACACCGCCUCGGUCAAGGUCACCGACCUCAGCAGCCUAGAGCUGGACGCGGGCCGCCUCGUCCCCGACCGGGCGGACGAGGCGAGCCAGCCGGAGCCCCUGAACGAGGAGGAGGCCAGGGCGGCCGUGGCGGGGGAGUACGACGACGGCGAGGUGUCUUUCCGCAUCGGCCCGGCCGCCAAGGCGCUGACCAAAAAGAGCAUGGAGGCGGUGGGGCUCCUCGGGGGCCAGAAGAGCAGACCGGACCCCGAGCUCCACGGCGGCAAGGCGGCCGGCGCCGACAGGGCCGCCGGCCGGGACGCUGAGGCCGAGGCCGGCGGGGAGCGGGACGGCCGCCCGCCCAAGCCCGACGGCGCCGGGCCCCCCGGCCACCAAGCCUCCUACGUGGUGCGGAGCCUCAAGGAGUACGAGGGGAAGUGGCUGCUCUUCGACGACUCCGAAGUGAAGGUGACGGAAGAGAAGGACUUUCUCAAUUCGCUUUCCCCCGCCGCCGCCUCCACUUCCACCCCUUACCUGCUGUUUUAUAAGAAGAUUGUAGAGUGAGUGUAUUUUCCUCCUGUAAAUACGACACAGAUUUGCAAAAAAACCUAUAUUGAUAGAAAUUAAAUCCGUCAAGGAAGCCCGGAACUGGCUUAUGUGUUCCUUGAAGCCGCUCGGAGGCUAUUCACGGGCCUCUCUCUCUCUCUCCCUCUCUAGUUUCCGUCUCGAUAGCGAAACCUGGACGGAAAAGAACCGCGCUAAUCCUAGGGCCUCUCCUCUCCGCGCACUAACCACUCUAGGGGAGACUAGUGAUACGUUAGCUUCCGGGAACAACGUUUGUAUAGAUAUUAUUCUGAAACCGUUGGUCCGAAAUACGGCCACUUAACGUAAGUUUUUACACGUCUCUUGUAUUGGCUUUUAAAAAAAGAAAAAUAAAAGUACUGUAUUUGUA